AUGGCAUCUUAUAAAGGCCACUUAUCUAUAGUAGAAUAUCUAGUAGACACGUGUCACGUUCCUCCUGAUCAACCAGACAAUAGCAAUAACACUGCAUUACUGUACUCAGCAAUGGGAGGCCAUUCUGACCUAGUGAAAUUCUUUAUUGAGAGAAAUUGUAACAUUUCUCAGAUUAAUUGUCAUGCUGCUUCAAUAUCAAUGUUAGCUUGUAUAAGUGGAGAGUUAGCAUUAGUCCAUAAGCUUGAAGCUAAAGGUCUCUUUAUAUCAAAUUCUUCUGAUUUUUAUGGACUUAGCAUAUUGCAUUACUCUUCUAUGAGUAAUAAUGUUGAGCUUUUCAAGUAUCUUUUAAAUCGAUAUCAAUUACCAAUUGAUGUAAAGGAUAGAUAUGGCCGGACUCCACUUCAGUUUGCGUCAUGGUUUGCUUCUUCACAAGUUGUUGAGUAUAUUAUUAGCAUUCAAGGUAAUGAAGCAUUGCUAGUUAAUGAUAAUGAUAAUGAAUACUCAUGUAUACAUUAUGCUGCUUAUGCAGGUAUGCAAUUUCCAGCUGGUCUUGUUUAUAGUAAGUUUUUUGCACAACGUGAUGCACCAGUUAUUGAGAUUAUUAACAAUACUACGAUCAAACAAAACAUUGAUUUUAUCAAACAAAAUGAAAGAGUUAAAAUGUUUUCUUCACUUCUCAGAAAAGCUAGCACUUGCCCUAACUUUGAUGUCAAUGCCACUACAAAUGAUGGUCAGUCAUUGCUUCAUUUAGCAUCAAAAAGUGGCAAUACAUUACUCAUAAAGAAAUUAGAAGAACAUAAUAUUAAUGAUGCAUUAGGUAGGUCUCAAGUACAUAAUGCUGCCUUAUCAGGUUCUACUAGUGCAUUAAUGUAUCUCAAUGCUAACAAUACUCAUUAUAUUGGUGAAGUACCAUUAGCCAACUCCUGCCAGUCAG